AUGGAGCGGUACGCAGGUCGCGUCGCCCUGGUGACGGGCGCCAACUCCGGCAUCGGCGCCGCCACCGCACGGGCGCUGCUCAGGAGGGGGCUCGAGGUCGUCGGCCUUGACAAGAGGAUCGACAGGGUCCAGGAGAGUGCUCGAGAACUGAAGGACGCUCCGGGUAGGCUCUAUCCAUUGCAAUGUGACGUCAGCUGCGAGGAGAAUGUUCUACGGGCCUUCAAAUGGAUCAAAGAGAAUUUAGGAGGGGUCGAUGUUCUUAUCAACAGCGCCGGCAUUUGCAGAGAAAACCUUCCAACAACUGGACAGACAGCCGAGUGGCGGCACACACUGGACGUCAACGUCCUGGGGCUGUCCGUCUGCACGAGGGAGGCCGUCCAGAGCAUGCUGGACAGGGGGGUCGACGACGGCUUCGUCAUCCACAUUUCCAGUAUAGCUGGCCACAUCAUGCCAUUCGAUCCAUUGUGCUCGAUGUACCACGCCAGCAAACAUGCUGUCAGGGCUCUGCUUGAAGGACUGAGGAAGGACCUGGUUGCCAGGAACAGCAAGAUACGGUGUGGGGUGCUUUACAGCAUUCUGUGCUGUCUGUGUCUUCCCUGCAGGAAGAAGACACGUGAUUUGCGGCAGAAAUCAAAGAAAGCACGUUCGACGGAAGUCUAUGAUUACAGAAAUGUGGACAUGGAGAAGGUUUAUGGCCGCUUGAAAAAGAGGAGGUUGUCACAAGUGCCUUCUGUGUUUGAGAUAUUUCCCUGCCAAUGGACCCCAGAAUCAGCCAGUCACAUCAGGAAUGGAGAUAAUAGUGUGGAUUGUACGCUGAAGGGCGGCUAUGCAGAGGUUCUAGAAGCUACUCGUUGA